ACGCGCUGCAUAAAUAUUGUCUGUGCGCUGUUGUAUUUUGUUGUUUAACCAUGGCGUCUCAACUGAAGACGAACAUUCGGACAGUCUUUGGCAUAAUAGAGAUGGUUUUAUUUUCUGGCGUCAUAUUCGGGUGGGCUAAUCUCGUACUGGUUCUUAAAGAGGAGAAAUACUUUAAAGAUUUGUGCGCGGAUGGCGACAAUGGAAAUACAUCAUUACGCAAGGAAUCGAGCGAUGAUUCCGAAAAAUGCGGCAAACAAGACGAACGACUGGCGUUGAUAUUUACUCUGUCAGUAUUUGCGUUUAAUGUGGCUGGAUUUAUUGCUGGGGCUUUGUUGGAUAAAUUAGGGACAAGAUUUGUAAGGUUGAUAGGCUGGUAAGCUGUGGCAGUGAACUUUUCAACUCUAUAUAUUUAUUUGGGAAUUGAACGCUUUAUUUAAUUUAUAAGGUGGGCUUUAUAUAAAAUAUGACAUGGGCUACGCGCCUUUAAGGGACCCGCGGUUUAUGCUGGCACCAGACUUAUUACUAUAAGUCUCAAGUCGACUCGUGAGUCUCGUUUUUACGUUUUAUUUACCCGUGCGCGGUUGGAGCCCAAAUUUGUGAGAUCGCUUGCCUAUUCGUUUUACUAUGGGGUUGACACCGAACAGAAAAGGGAUGGAUAAACCAACUUUUGAGUGAGUAAAAGGUUGGUUAAAUGAAAAACAAAGCAACUCAAGGGUUGGGUAACAAAAAUUUAUUGUCAUUUCCAAAGCAUGACUCGCUCAAACAUUGAAGACUAAAAAGCAAUGUCGACAGUCAUAUGUCAAUACAAUAUGUAAAUCAAUCAGAGUCACUUGUCUUGAUCAUUUUCCGAUUUGUCAGGAGGCAAAUGGUGUCUCCAACAACAUGAAACUUUACACAGAAGUGAUAAAGGACAUAUGUGACAACCGAAUGGUAUCCGCUUUUGUAAAGUUUUUGGCCAGGGCUGGGUAUUUGUUUUUUUAAUUUAUAUUUCAAGUUGGGUAAAAAAAUGUUUGACUUUUUAAUGGUUGGAUCAACAAAAGUUUUAGCAAGAAAAACAUUUCUCUUCGGUGUCAACCCCCGCUAUAAAUAAUGACCGGUCUCGCAAUGUGAGCCGAUUUGUAGCAAGUCUAUGCUAGCACAAAACUUCAAGUUUUUGAAUAACUGUUAUUACGUUUUCAACAGCUAUUAAAGUCGCUAAUUUACUCAUUUCUCAAUAAAGACUGGGUACUAGGUCAAAAACGCGUUUUUGACAGCGUAUAACUCGAAAACAAUUCGAGAUAUAAAAAAACCUGUUUAUACAUGUCUUAUACGUAGGUUUUUGUAAGCUUUCUGAUGACGCAAGUAAUUUUUGUUGUAGUUGAAUACAAAAUUUCAUAUUUUCUUGCUGUAAUAUAAUUUAAUAGAGGAUAAUUAUUGAUCAUCCAUUUUCUCCGUAUUGGGCACGUUUUUUGCUUGGGAACUUUUUUUGUUAAUUGAGCAUCUUCUAUAGUGGUACCAUGCAUUGAACCACAGAAAAUCUAUUCCCCAGAAGGUGCCACGCAAUUGCUUUUCUACGCACAACGGCCCACGGCCUAAUAUGCAUGGAAAGCAGGCUUUAGACAUCAAUGUUUUUAUCAAUUUACCAUAUGUGGGAUCUUAGGAUCCAUAAUAACCAAUAAUGAACAUAAUACAACGAUUAAGUACAACAGAGAGCGGCGUUUAGGCUAGACACGGCACAAAAUACAGCAAGUGUCGUCGUAUUAUGCGACACAGGUUCGACAUGGGGGUUUAGACGCUGUGUUUUCCAUGCGCCAAACCCAAUGCAUAAUUUUUUCAACGUACAUUAUCAUAUGAUUAUGAUAUAUUAGCAAUUUAGCACUGAAAUUUCUGAUAUAGUGUACUUGUAUUUUGGCACCGUCCAUGCAAUUAAGUCCGAGAUCUGAAUUCAGUUUCCGCAUUUAAUUUGAUUAUAGGUUCAGCGCAUGAAAAGUUUGCCGUCUAUAUAUUCGGACAAAUGGUCACCCAAAAUUGUUAUCUUAUAUAUUUUACUGUAGUUUCUUCUUCCUUCUGACUGGAAUAUUUGCUAUUGUGUUGGAGAAAGGUAAAACUUGGACUAUAUUUAUUAUAAUAUUUAGUGAUUUUCCGUGUUUGAUGCCUGUUAGCGCGAAAUCCUGAAAAAUCCCGAAAAACAAAUCUCGGAAAAAUCCUUUAAAAUCGCAACGAUUUUUGAAACUCAAAAAUCGCGUACAGUUUUUCGGAGUGAAACAUCCCUCUGGUAAUUUGAACUUGAGAAUAAAUAAACUUUUUUUUCACUUUACAGAAACAGCGAAUCUCAUGUUUCCGUUGAUCAUAUGUUUGGCCUUUGCGGGCAUGUGUGUGGCAAUUUCAGUUUUCCAGGUUGGAAUAAUUAGUCUCUGUCUACAGUAAUGCAUGGCGUUAGACAGAGCAAAAUUAUAUUAAAGUAGGGCACCUUGGGGCUAACUAAUCAUAUGGAUUUUAUUUUGUCAAAUUCAUCAACUCAUCAGGCCAGGGUCAAACGUCGAACUUUUCAUGCGCCGAACCUAAUGUUAAUGAGCUAAGUUCUUUGUUUCACUUCAUUUGCAUUAGGUUCGGCGCAUGAAAAGUUCGACGUUUACCCUGGCCUCAGUCAUUAUGGUAACAAAACUUAGACAGUCAUUUGGAUGUGCGCAGUCGGGGAAGGGGGGUUGGCACCGAAGAGAAAAGGGUUGGGCAAACAAAAUUUUGAGUGAGUAAAAUGUUGGAUAAAUGAAAAACAAAACAACUUAACGGUUGGAUAAUAAAAAUUUACUGUCAUUUCCAAAGCAUGAUUCACUCAAAUAUUGAAGACUAAAAAGCAAUGUCAACAGUCAUAUGUCCAUACAAUAAGUAAAAUAGCAAAUCAAUCAGAGUUACUAUCUUGAUCAUUUUGCGAUUUGUCAGGAGGCAAAUGGUGACUCCAACGACAGUACAUGUGCAGACAACAUGAAACUUUAUAGACUGCAGAAAAUUGCACAAGUAUAGUUAUCAAACUGGUAAAGAAUAUAUGUGACAACUGAAUGGUAUCCUUUUAUAAAGUUUUUGGCCAGGGAUGAGUUUUAUUUUUCAGUUUGAAUGGAUUAUUCCAGAUGUAGACUAAAUUUUGAUCAAGGCAAGAAGAAUGAAAUCCAACACCACAGCUAGAAAGAGCGUCUUAGAAUGAGUAAAACUGCAAAGAUUGGUUGCUAAAUGUUGUAAAAUGAAGAAAAUAUAUCCCUGUCAACUUCGCAAACUUUGUAUAGAUUUGUAUUACACGCGGUAAAAAUAACCACUUUCGGCUCAAGAAUGGUUAUUUUUGUCGCGCGUAAUGCAAAUAUAUACAAAAUGUGCAUUGUGCGAACUUCACAGGGCUAUAUUUUCCACAUUUUACAACAUUUCUCGACCAAACUUUGCAAUUUUACUCAUUUUAAGAUGCUCUUUCCAGCUAUGGUAAUGGAUUCGUUCUUCUUGUCAAGAUCAAAAUUUCGUCUAUACGGCUGAUAUCAUACAUUGAUAUUUGAGGUUGGGUAAAAACAUACCAAGAAAAAUAUUUCUCUUCAGUGUCACUCUUCUCUCCGCCAUAAAUAAUGCAGCAUGAGCUCCACCUUUGAAUUUACUAUAUGAGUAAAUUCUUAAACACGUCCGAAUUUAUCAUUAUGAUAAAUUCGCGGCAAAUUUUGAAUUUAUCAUAAUAAUAAAUUCGCGGCACCUAACACUAACCCCAACCCCAACCCUAAGCACUAACCCCUAACCCUAACUUUUUAACUUUUAAAAUUUUUUUAACUUUUUUAACUUUUUUUAAAAUCUAACUUUUUAAACUUUUCUUUGCUUUUCAAAACUCUUUUAAAACUUUUUUAAAAACUAUUUUUUUAGGAAACUUGAAAAACUCCCCACCGCUGCGCGACCAGCCUCUCAUUUAGUGCCAUUACAUUUAUAACAAGAAAUCUUGUGUAAUGCUUGUGGUUUUAUAAUUAACUCUAUUGAUAAAUUCAAAAUGUGCCGCGAAUUUAUCAUAAUGAUAAAUUCGGACGUGUUUAAGAAUUUACUCAUAUAGUAAAUUCAAAGGUGGAGCUCAUGUUGGAAUAAUGACCAUGCAGUCCCUAAUACGGCUGUACACGGGCUAUCGAGAUUCUGGAUUGGGUUAUUUCUUGACGAUGUGAAAUUUGUUGUUUCGUAGAUAGCUGUUCUGCACACAAAGCAUCAAUUUAUCAUUUCAAGUUCACUCAGUGGAGCCUUAGAUUCAUCUUCGGUCGUCUUUUUAGUUUUCAAGGUGAGCACAAAUAUUUGAGGGCGUAACACCAUUGUGGUCCCGUCUGCUCAGGCGAUUUACACUACAUAAAUUUUGCCUAAAACUGUCGCGUGCAACCUGCUUAUAACUUGAGUUGUAUACUGUGUAAAUCUAUAGCACACAACUCCUGUAUGUUGUCGUAAGUGAGUUGUGUACUUGAUAAACACAGUACAACUCAAGUUGUAAGCAGGUUGCAUGCGACAGUUUUACUAGGCAAAAGUUGUGUACAUCGGCCUUUGAUCGUCGUAUGAUGUAUUAUUUUUUUAAAAUAACUCAUGGUUUCUGAUUGGCUAACAGCCGACAGUGUAAAAUUGUCACAUGGAAAACGUAUCGAAAAUGAAAAAGAUGUUGUGCAGGGGUGAACAAAAUAUCAAAAUGUUUUCCAAAUAGACGAGCACGCGCGAGCACUACGUGCUGGAAAUGUUAAACAGCUGCAGGAAAUUCGUUUGAAUAAAGAUUUGCUAUUGAAAAUUUAAACGAAACCUUAACACCUAUGUCCCACUAUGACACUAUGGGGCGCAACAACAUAUGGUCGACAGACACUAUUCCUUGAAUUUAAAACCAUGCAUGGUCAGCUACGCACGUAAAAACGCACAAGUUGUUACAAGUCUGCAAACAAGUUGUUACAAAUCUGUUCACAAGCUGUCGACAAGUUGUGUUCGCACUGCUUCUUCCCAGUUGUUGUAACAAGUUUGAAACAGGCUGUUAACAACUUGUAACAAGCUUGAUGGCAUUAUCAAACUUGUAGCAAGGUUUUUCUAACAAGUCUGAUACAGUCAUGAUAUAACAAGAAUGUUACAAGGUUGAUGACACAAGGUUGUAACAAUAUUGUUAUAUCAUGACUGCAUCGAACUUGUUGGAACAACCUUGCAACAAGUCUGAUAAUAUCAACAAGGUUACAAGUUGUUGACAGCUUGUUCCAAAUUUGUUGACAACUUGGGACAAGCAGUGCGAACACAACUUGUUGACAAGUUGUUGGCAGACUUGCUACAAGAUGUGAGGUUUUUGCGUGUAUGGAACACUAUAUGUUUAUGCAGAUUUAUAGUCCAGUCAAAUCACUAUAAGUACAUGGUACUGAUCAAAGUAAUCGCAAUAGAUUUGUUUUCAGUGGUAAAGUGUGAGAAAAGUUGUUCUGAUCUAAAAAUCUCAAAAAAUCCCUUCGGUGGAACAUGGUGAAAAAACUUCUACCUAUAGAAAACCAUUGUGGACAGAAUGUUGAAAUUUUGAAAUCAUUUUUAGGCAAAUGUAACCUACAUUAUUGGAAAGCUUAGAAAAAACUAAAAUAUAAAUCAUUAAACGGUUAUCUUGCUUUUGUCUAUCCAGCCGAAGUUAUAAAAGAUUUAAAAUGCCAUAAAUUUGUAUUUUGUGCAAAUUUUGCGCUAUUUUUCCAACUUUAAGCUAGAAUAACGACAAACUGACCAGUAAAUUGAAUAUAACCGUUUAAUGAUCUAUAUUUUAGUUUUUUCUAAGCUUUCCAAUAAUGUAGGUUAUAUUUGCCUAAAAAUGAUUUCAAAAUUUCAACAUUCUGUCCACAAUGGUUUUCUAUAGGUAGAAGUAAGAAAAACUCGAUUUUCACCAUGUUCCACCGAAGGGAUUUUUUUUUAUUUUUAGUAUGUUAAUCAGGACAUCUUCCCUCACAUUUUACCACUGAAAAAAAUUCUAUUGCAAUUUCUUUGACCUCUGGUCACAGAUUAACUGGACUAUUAGCACAAAAAUACUCCGUUGGUCUCCAGGAAAUUUUUGUCUCCAGGUCUCCAGGAAAUUUUCAGCAGGUUGUGCUCCCAGGAAGAAAAUAAUUUAUUCCUGCCCUGAUGUCGUCACUGUUUUUCUGUAUUCUAGCUACUGUACGACGCUGGAGUGGGGAUACGUUGGAUUUUUGUCGGUUAUGUUGCUCUCGCGAUUUUCUGUAUACUGGUCAGUACAUUUUUCCUCCUGCCGAAGACUUCUAUAGCUGCCGAACAGGUGGGCUUAGAAGUUUGUAAUGAGGCUGUCACUCCAGACAAUGUAGGAGACCAGGAGAUGACUAUACCCAAAAGCUCUGCCAAACAGAAAGACUCGAACAGGGAAAAAUCUAGAGUGGAGUUAGGGAUCAGUAAUCAGGCUGUCACUCCAGACACCGUGGGAGAUCAGGCGAUGACUAUUCAAUCUGUCGGGAAUAUUCGAGAGUUUGAUGACAUCAAUUUAAACAAAGAACCAGGUCAGUGAAGUGAAGGCGUGCCAUUGAACUAUAAAUAAACUGGAAGGCUAACUGCUAUGAUGAAGGCCUAUGAUUUGAUGAAGCCAAAAUAGUUUUUCUGAGUUUAUGAGCAGAAAUACUCGACCCCAAACGUCGGGCUAUAUAUCAAAUUGAAGCUAUUGAAAAUUGCUAUUUGGUGUGGAAAUUUCAUUUUCAAGACUUCAGCGAAAAGAAAAAUAUUUAAAAAAUACAAAAACAACUGUAAAAUGGCAAAUUAUCGGUAAUCAGUUAUGUUUGUAGUUUUUCAAUAUUUCCCUUUUAGCUAAAGUCGUAAAAUUUCUACACCAAAUAGCUUCAAUUUGAUAUAUAGCCCAACGUUCAGUGUUGAGUAUUUCUGCUCAUAACUCAGAAAAACUAAAAUGCACUGGCUUCAAUUGCCCCCCCCCCCUGAGUUAACCUUCCAGUUUAUUUAUAGUUCAAUGAGGCGUGCACAGGGAAGGAACUCAAGUGUUCAAAACCUAAAAUCCUUUUGGCGUUCCUCUCAAAAUGACCUUGUUUUGUAGUUUAUACCUUUGAGACACACAAAAUAAUAGUUAAAUAUUGUCAAUAGCCAUUAGUAGGCCCUCUUAACGGGCCUGCUAAUGGCUACAUUCGCACUAAUAUUUCUAGAGAAUGACAAGCCGGUAGAAAAUGGAUCAACGCCUGAAAGGACAAUAUCACAGGAUGUGGACAAAUUCGCUUCAGGUGAGAAUGUCUAUUAGUCUAUACCAUAUAUUUUGACUAAGAGGCAUGAAUAGUGUUUAAAACCUUAAGGCCCUGUCACACUAUUGCGUAUCGCACUAGCGUAUGAAAAAUAUCACUCAUAUGCUGGGAAACGCUGACAUACGCUAGGGGUACGUUAGGCAUAGGUUGUAUACGUUCAGUGGCGGCGCCAGGCCUCAGAAUUUGGGGAGAGAUUUGAGGGGCAAACUCUCAUUUGGGGCAAGAUAGAAUUUUAAAAAGGUCGCCCCCCAGGAGAUUUGCCCCCUUCUCAAAGGGGGCGAAUACCCUAGGAAUAUCGCCCCCCCUUUAGGAUAUUCGCCCCCCCCCCCCCAUAUAAGCGAUGUGGUUUAUUCAAAUAAUUUCGUGAUAAUUGCACGUUUGAGAAUUUAACUCUGCAAAACUAAAGCUUUUUUGUCUUUUUUGAAACGUAUUAUUGAAGUAUUGGCAAGUUUUACCAUUCAGAGAUUUACAAACUAAUAUAUAUUGAAACUGUAAAAAACAGUUUCAUGUAUACGGCGCAUUCACUAAUGAGUAAUGACAACUUAUAAGCCACACAUUUUCCGAUAACGACAAAACGCUUGUGUAGCCUUUAGUCGGCUCUUAGUGACUAAAAAAUUUUUUUUGGGGGGGGGGGAAAUGGGGUGGGGGGAGCAAAAAAUAAUUUGGGUAUUGAUUAAAAGAUUGACGAAAGAUAUUAUUGAUUAAAAGAUUGACGCCCGUCCAAAAACAAGAAUUACAGUACAUUUCAUGGUAAAUAUCGCGAUUUUCGAAAGCUUAUUAUUCGAAGGUAUUCAUGUAAACGCCUUCAAACUUUGUAUACUUUAAUUUUGAGGUGGUCUUUUUAGUGAUUUGGUUCAUUUCUAAUUUAUGCACUUUUUAACACUCGUCCCAGUCCUCUCAUCAUCAACUUCUGAAUGGCUAAUUCUUCUCAUGGUUGUACUGCCGUGAUUGUUUGGCCAGAUGACUUUUCAAACAAUCUCACUCACAGGCUUUCUCAAAAAAUGAUUGUGGGGGGGGGGGCAAUGAAUACCCCCCCCCCCACCUCACAACUGACAACACAGUCUCACAAUGAAUAUAUUAUUCUAAUCUUUCUCUAGGCUGGCGCUAUAUUCUAACGGCGAAAUAUUUAUGGUUGCUGUAUUUUUUCUCCCUUAUUCAACUACGUUUAUGGUUCUUUGUUGGCAGUUUAAACAGCUAUCUUGUUUAUCAUACACACGAUGAUAAAGACAAAAGUAAGUGGCGUGCAAAACAUCGCGCCGACAAACAAUAGUCGACACCUUUAUCACGUUUUUUGAUUCGAUUUAUUAAAGGGAUACGGCAAUAUAUUUUUUUAUUAUUUCAUUUGGAAGAACGUUUAAAAUUAUAUGUUAAUCUCUUUUACCGAUUUUGCGUAACUUUAUUAUUUCUUGAGAUAUUUGAACAGAAAAAAUCACAAAUCAGCUAGCUUUCCGCCAUCUUGGAUUUUGGCGGAUAUGCAUGUGACCAUAGAGAUUAUAAAUAACACUAGAGGAGGCAUCGAGUUUAAAAAUUGGGAACGCAGCUAAUGGGGGGCAAAUUCAAGUCCCAGAUAUAAAAUCGUGCUCUCAUUGGCUGAUUUGAAACUCGUCACCAAUGGGAACACGAAUACACAUCCGGGACUUAAAUUUGCCCCCCAAUAGCCGCGUUCCCUUUUUUUGACUGAAGUGAGAUUACGAUGCCUCCUCUAGUGUUAUUUAUAAUCUCUAUGCAUGUGACAUCAUAACGCGAGAAUUUUAUCCAUAGAGCAAUUGGUUAUUAUGAGCCCAAAAUCAUAUAGUUCAGUAACUAUUUGAAAUACAAAACUGUCUGACGAUUUUUCAAACAAGACAUAAUGUUAUUUGGUCAUUUAGAUGUAGUUUUAUAUGGCUAACCCCGCUUAUGACGUCACUAAAAUCACCGAUAAUGAGAUACAAAUUAAUCCAAGAUGGCGGACAGCAAAAUAUUUCAAGAAAUAAUAAAGUUACGCAAAAUCGGUAAAGGAGAUUAACAUAUAAUUUUAAAAGUUCUUUAAAAUGAAAUAAUAAAAAAAUAUAUUGCCGUAUCAACAACUCGUUUGUAGCUUGUCAAAACAAGCUGGGAACAAGCAGUGCGAACACAUCCUGUUGACAAAUUGUUGGAACAGCAUUUGCUACAAGUCUGCUAUACAGUUUGUUACAACUUGUGCGUUUUUAUGUGUGUUAGGUGAGCACUAGAGGUGUGCAUCGGAUCGGAUCGGACGUUUAUAAUCCGACAAUUGCCCAAUGUUUAAAAUCCGAUCCGAAAUUGUCUAAUCCGAAUCCGAGUUUUGAUAAAGUAUUCCAAUCCGAUCCGAUCCGAUGAAUUCUUUAGCAAAAUAAAUUUCUCAUUCAAGUUGAAAUAUUUAACCAAAUAAAUAUAAAAGCAAGAAAUACAUGUCAAGAAGCUGACAAAGUGACGUCCAAUUGAAGUAUCAAACGAAUAAUACAGCGACAACUGCGAUAAUGCUUUGAUAAAUGAAUGGAUAAUUAAUUCUUGCGAUAAUACGUGGAUAAUUAAUUCAUUUUAUUUCGGAUAUCGAAGUCCGAUCCGAUCCGACUACGAAACAACUUUAUCAAUCCGAUCCGAAAUGAAUAUUUUGGAUUCGAAAUCCGAACGAAUCCGAUCGGAUCGGAUUUGCACACCUCUAAUGUGCACACCUCCCGCCAGUGUAAACAUUCUUGAUUUUUAAAUUUUUACAUUCACUUUUCCUGUAGUUGAAACAUAUUCAGAAAUCUUUGGUCUAACACAGUUUUUUGGCUUCAUCUUCGCCCCAUUCACUGGCUUAAUCAUGAAUAUGAAACCAAGGAAUAUCACAAAUGCGUAUUUUGGUCCUACGCUGAGCUUUAUUAUAACACUACUGCUCUGCGUUAUCAUGGGAGGACUGGUACUAGUGCCAGUCCUCGACGUUCAGGUGAGAAAAUGAAAAACAAUAAGAUCGAUGUUUGCCACAGGAAAAUCGCGGUUGACCAAACCACGGUUAUGUCUCGCACGCGAGAAACUCAAUUUGUAUGUAUGUAUGUAUGUAUGUAUGUAUGUAUGUAUUUAAUUUCUGUUGAGACGCUAUCCUCAUCAGCUAUACGGCUGGUUUUCAUGAGGGGCGUCUAUUUAGCUAUUUACAAGAAUAUAAAAAUAAAGAAAAAACUAAUUAACCCACAGACCCAAAAAGAAUAUUACCCAGAACAUAAUGUGUAGUUACAAAUGGAAUAGCAUUUAAAAGCAAGAUUCAAAUAAGUCUUUUGAAACAAUGAAUCGAAUGAGCAGAUUUAGCCUCAGCAGAAAGACUAUUCCACAGUACAGCUCCACUAUAUACCUAAAGCUUCUUUUAAGAAAUUCUUUCUUAGGUUUUGGAAGUGAGAGAUCUGUAUCAUAAUUUCUGAGAUGAUAGUCAUUAUCAUUAUUGCUUCGUGCAGAAAGGAAUUCUCGAAGACAGGGGGCAGUACCAUUAUUAAGAAUGUUGUAUACCAGAACCAUGAAUGAUUCCACCUAUAAACGAAAUUUUGAUCUAGACAAGCCAGAACGAAAUCCAUUACCAUAGCUGGAAAGAGCAUCUUAAAAUGAGUAAAAUUGCAAAGUUUGGUUGCGAAUUGUUGUAAAUAUAUAUAGCCCUGUGAAGUUCGCAAAUUUUGUAUACAUUUGCAUUAUACGCGCGGGAAAAAUAAACAUUUUUGAGCCGAAAGUAAGAUCUGUUUGAAACGUCGCCCUUCUCAUGUGCCAAACGCAUUAAAAACAUUGAUAAUCAGCUGAAAUGCCUCAUUAUCUAUUUGUUCUAAUGCGUUGGGCACAUGAGAAGCGCGACGUUUGAAACAGGCCUAACAUAGGUCAACACGAGACUAUAUAUAGUAAUCAGUAAAUUAUGUGUCAUAAGACUA